AAAAACGACCCCCUGGAGACGCUGCAGAAGCAGCUGGCGGAGCGCAACGAGCUGAUCGACCAGCAGACGAAGAACAUCGAGGCGGCGAAGAAGAAGGGCGAGCUGUACUCGGUGGAGAUCAUGACGCUGAAGCGGGCGAUGAGCAAGGCGGCGGCGGAGAAUGAGACGCUGCGCAAGGAGCUGGCCGCCGCGAAGAGCAGCUACGCGCUGAUGCUGCACGAGGCGGAAGGGAAGGCGGCAGCCAUGGCCGCCGCCCGGCUCGAGCAGCGCGUCCACGAGGUGCGCGCCGAGGAGCGCGCCCGCCUUGGCCAGGAGGUGGCCAGUCUGCAGGCGGAGGUCGGCCGCCUGGGCGGGCUGCUCGCCACGCAGGCCGACGGCCUGAAGGAGCAGGCGGCGGCGGACGGCGAGGAGCUGGCCGCCCUCCGCCUCCAGCUUGAAGAGCGCGACCGUGAGCUGGCGGAGGCGGCCGAUCGUGAGCAGCACCUGCUCGAUCGGAGGAACCAGGAGGUGACGAGCCUCGAGGCGAAGGUGACCCGCCUCACUGCAGAGCGUGACCAGCUGGAGGUGGCCAGCAGUCAGCAGCUGGCGGCCAGCUCUGAGGCGGAGGCCCUGCAACUGGAGAUCAAGAACCUGAAGGCGGAGCUGAGCGAGGCGGCCAGCCAGCGCGCCCAGCUGGAGGCGUCCCUCGGCGAGCUGAAGAGCCAGCAGGCGAGCACGGAGAGGGCAAAGGCGACGGCGCAGACCGACUCCGACUCGCUGAAGGCGCAGCUCGCCCGACUGGAGGCGGAGAAGGCGCAGCUGGCGGCGGCGGUGGCCACCAGCGAGAAGGAGGCAGCGGCGGUGACCGCCCACUCUGACGAGCUGAACAGUCGGCUGGGGGCCAGUGAGGGUCGGCUGAGCUCGCUGACGGCCGUCCUGAAGAAGGCGCUGGGCCUGGCGGUCGACUCUGAGGGCCUGCAGGCGAGCCUCGAGGAGCUGAAGACGAAAGCGUCGCAGUACGAGGCGCUCAGCGGCAAGCACGCCGACCUGAGCGAGCUGCUGGAGCAGGUGACGGCGGAGAAGGAGGCGCUGCGGGGGCAGCUCGACUCGCUGAAGCACGGCAACAAGGAGGAGGCGAAGAUGUCACAGGAGUACUCCAGUGCUCUCCAGGAGACCGAGAAGAUUCUCAAUGAGAUGCAGGAGAAGUACCUGAAGAGCAAGAAUGAGCAGAAUCAAAAGCUAGAGGAGCUGGAGCGACUGCUCGCGGAGAAGGGCGAAGAAGAGGAGACAGUGAAGGAGGAGCUGAGCAAGUGCCGCGAGAAUAUUGACCAGCUCAGCAGAGUCAACGACGGGUUGACCGGUCAGCUUCGCGACCUUAAAGAGCUUGUGUCGAGCAAGGAGGCGGUCAUUGCCGGCUUCAAGGCGAAGGAGGAGGGCUUCCAGGAGGACCUGGAGAAGAUCAAGGAGGAGAACAAGACGCUGAACAGCAAGAUUGUCAAGCUGAACAAUCUGGUGCAGAUUGGCAAGCACUCCUUCCAGGAGGAGAGCGAAAAGGUGCAGAACCUCGAGUCGAUGCUGAACGGCAAAGAAACGGCCGUGGCCGCGGUGGCCAACAAUGGCAACUCGAGCACGCCCCCCACCUCCAACGGCAACGGCUCCAGCUAG